UUGGCGUCCCUCCUCGCUAUUACCGCCCGCUGCGCCUUUACCGUGACCUGUCGCUGACCUUCACAACCAUUCCGCUAUUCUACAACGCGCGAGGACCAGAAAGAUCCAGUCGCCAGUGUGGAAAGUCACGAAAUAAGGACGGAAUAAGGGAAUGACGGGGGGAGGGGAAGCUGUGGCCCUCCUCUCUCAGCCUGCCAGCGAGUCUUUUUCCGUCUUUUUUCGUCUUAAUUCUCACGCACGCGGGGUGAGGUUAGCGGUAAUGGGAGAAAAGGGGAAUAUGGCUGUGAAAGGUUAAGAAAAUCAAGUGAAGUGAUAGUAAUAAAAGUGCAAGGUGUGGAAACAAAAUAUGCCAAAUAAGAUAAAGUACAAGAGAGCCAAGGAAACAAGAUGAAAGUUAUGUGAAAUUAAAAAAUAUUGUUACCAAAAUAUUUAUUUGAAAAAAAGUGAAUAUGCAACAAAUUCAAAUUGAGUGAUAAUAGAAAAAGUUCAGUGUGGAAACAAAAUGAGUAAAACAAAGGAAAGCAAAAUGGACUCUCGCUCCCUGGAGAAGCGUCUUUCUGCCGUCAGGGAAACAGCCGAGGACAUCCAGGCACUGUCUCGGUGGUGUGUCCAGCACAAGAACCAUCACCACUCCAUCAUCCAGGCUUGGUCUAGGACAGUUCGAAAGUCUAAAGUGCCCCACCGCCUCACCCUCUUCUAUGUGUGCAACGAUAUCGUGCAGAAUAGCAGAAGAAAGAAGAUACCAGACCUAGUGCAGCAUUUUGCGACAGCCAUCAAGGAGGCAGCACCUCUAGUUAGAGAGGAGAAGAUUCGACCCAAGAUCAUCCGUAUCUUCAAUAUAUGGGAGGAACGAGGUGUCUAUGAUGCAAAAUUUGUCUCUGAAUUAACAGAGAUUGUGGAGAAUGUGGGCACUGUCAAUGCCUCAGAAAAUGAGGUUGUUCUCUCCAGUUUUCAGCCAGUACAGCUGGUGGAGGGAAUCAGGGGAGUGCUGGCCCUCAACAAAAGUACUGAGUCAAUGCUUACAGACUUGAAGAACCAGGAAUUCUCCCUCGGUGAUGAGGAGAUCAACCAGCUACGUCAGACUGUCAAAGAACGUGGAACUAGUCGUGAGCGGAUGGAGGAGUUUGAGGAGGCACUGAUAGCCUUGGAAUGCUACCUGGCAGCUGUACAAAAGGAAGUGGAGGAGAGGACACAGCUGGUCACCCUCUUGGAGCAAGCAGAGAUUUUUUACGAGACACAACGAGGAGAAGCCAAACUGGUUGCCAAUGCGUACAAAAACUUUGGGAACAGAGUGAAGUCAUUACACAGCAAGUUACUAGAAAAAGCUAAAACACUGCCUGAAGGUAGCCCCAUACCCUCACCAUCCGUAGACGCCCCUUCCCCUGAGAACAGUGAUGAGGAAGACCUGUCCCUGCCAGACUCUGGGUCAUCAGGUUUGGAUUCAUUUUUGAAUUCAUCCAAGCUUGCAGACUUUGCCAAAGAUGCUUUAGGGGGAGGGAGUAGUGACCUGGAGAGCCGCUUGGCUGCAUUUAGAAAGAAUGAAGUGUCACCUAAGAAAACACCGCCCAAGAUGAAAGGUACCCUCUCACCCCAAAUUACUGAGUCCAACAGAGAUGGCAUGGAAAUUUGGGAAUCAAAAGAAUCUAGAGAAUCAUAUACACAUGAGAUCUGGGAGAUGAGGGACUCAAGGGAUACCCGGAGCUCUCGGAGCAGCGAGGAGAGAAGAGAUGUGCAAGAAAUUCGCGAGUUGAGAGACCUCUGGGAGAGAGAAUCAGGGGAGCACAGGGAGUACAUGUCCCUGAGGGAGCACAGAAACUCCCGCUCCUCCAGGGACUCUAGGGACUCACGUGAUGGUGUUUCAGAGUCUCGGGAGCUGUACAGGAGCAGUAGCAGAGACCGCAGCGGGGCAGAGUGGGAAUACAGUCACUUGGUGAGGGAGAGAGAGUACUCUCACACUUCUUCAACAACUUACGAUGUGCCAACUCCAGUUCCUCCACCAAAGGAACUGAAGCCCAUGAGUGCUGCUGAACUUCUUGAUACAUUUGGUAGAGCUUAUCAGAGCUCUUCCAAAAGUGUUGUUGGGACUGCCAUUAGCUCUGGAGCAACAGCCUCUGAAUACAAGGCUCCUAAGACCCCAACCACUCCCAACUCUUCAAUUCCUGAUCUCAGCAGACCACCUCCUGGUCUGUCAGGGGCUAUAACACCCGGUAACCCACCUGUUACUGACACACCUGCCUACUCUCCACUACCCACAACUACACAGGCACACUACUCUCAGACAUAUCCAUUGCCAGAGACAUCACCCAAAGCACCAUAUGUUGCUGCAGAACCUACCUACACACCAUAUGACCCAUCUUCAACUUGGGCCCCACCCCCUCCCCCACCUCCACCUCCCCCUGAACUACAGGGAGGUGGAACAGAAAGGGUAGGACCAGAAUAUGAUGUGGGAAGAAGUUAUAGUCCAACCUGGUCAGAAUUUGAGUCAUACAGUAGUGCUCCAGGAGAUGUAAACGAUGAUGAGGCAGACAAUCGUAAUUGGGGAGAGCCGCCUGGCAAUGAGGAGCUGCAAGCUCUAGCCUCAGACACCCCUUCCUCUCCGCCAAUCUUUGAGAAGGGAUUCACUGGAGCUUUGGUUCCUCCUCCUCUUCCCCCUCCAUUUUGUGCUCGUAGCAACCUGCGAGAACUAGUGUCAGAAGGGGAGGAUGGUGAUCACAGGAAGAACUUGGUAAAUAUCCAACCUAAAGGUGAGGACAGUGAUUACCGGUGUUAUGAUUACAGCUUUCUGUCAGAUCAGGUGUCUAAAUCUAAGACUGUGAAAGUUCCUUCCAUCCACUCCUUGUUCUCAAGUGGAGAUGAUUUAGACCUGCGAGUGAAGAAGUCUGGAAUAAAGCAGAGUAAGGAUGAUUCUGGUUCAGACAUGGACAUCAGUGCCUCAGGCUCUGAGGAGGAUAAGGAUGAUAUGGACAUCAGUGAUGAAUCUGGAAAAGAUGCACUUAAUAAAAAGGGUGAAAGAAAGGCUGAAAAGAAGAAUCACAGCAAAGAAAAUAAGAGCCAAGGAAACAGUAGCAAUUGUGCAAAACAAGAUAAUGGAACCAAGAAAAAAGUUUCCUCUAAUUUACCUAUCAGUGUUAAUAAGAAUGCAAAGCCUUCAAGUGACAAUAAAGUGAUUGAAGAUAAGCCUGGUAGCACCCAGUCCAAGAGUAGUGAUUUAAAGACAGAUGGUUCAGCUGCUGAUGUAAAAGUGUCAAAAAUUGAAUCUGUGAAACCUGAAAAAAGAAAGUCUGUAGACCAUGAUAAUGAUAAUAGUGCUAAAAUCCAGAAGUCACUUGAUAAAUCAGGAAGUAACUCUAAUAAUGAUGUAGAUGACAAGGGAGAUGUGUCUGAUGAAGGGAGGGACUGGUACAAAGACUUCAGCAAAACAGGCGAAGAUAAACAAAUUGCAGAGGAGCCCAUACCAACGGUAGUGCCCAAAACAGGGGGAAGAGGGCAUUCCAACUCAAGGGCCAUGGAGGAAACCAAUGUAAUCGAUGUAAUAAAGAGUCUCGACAGAGAGUUUCACCAGCAGCGAGCAAAAGGUAACUUCAACUCACAUAGUAAUCGCGGUGGAAGUUUUUUUAGUGACGGAGGGAGCCCUCAACACGGGAAUGGAGGCUACUUUAAGGGCCCAAAGCCUCUCCGGGGUAGACCAGGUGGACCAGGCUUCUAUCCCCCUCACAGGGGGCGGGGAAGACCACAACCUCUGCUUCCUUUUGGCCCACCGGGAAGGGGCUUCUAUGGUGGUCAUGAACCCUUUGCUCGGGGCAGAGGAGGAGGGAGAAGGGGGCUCAGAGGAAGAGGCCGGUGGUAAGCAUUAGAAGAAAAAAUAUACGUAUUUAAUUUUUUCAUAGAAUCUGAGUUAUUGCCUCCUGAAACUCCUCAUAUUUUUAUUUAGAUUGAUGGUACAAAAAAUUCCCUACCACAUGAAAUGUUUUGUUUGUUUUUCCAAAGGAUUUACUCCAGUGAGUGGCCUAAAAUGAAGAUUGUGCUUGAAUGUUGUUUUGCAAAGAUAAUUAAGGAAAAAUGAGUAAAAUACUAUUUUGUGCAAAGUUGAAACACAAAAUAGGAUUUUUUCUGCUGUAGCUAUUCACAUGUCAUGUUGAAAUAAUAUGUACAGCCUUUUUGGUAUUUUUAUCUUAAUCUAUUUGUAGCUUUGACAAGGACAAUAUUUUUUCAAAGUCUUGGCACAACAGUUGUGAAUCAUUUCUGCAGAACUUUUUUUGCCAGUCAAAUUUGUCAUGUUGAGUUUUGUUCAAAAAGACCAUUUACUAACACUCAUCAUGUUACAGCUUUUACUUUACACUGUUCAUUAGUCCAUGCAACAUGACAACACAUCUUUGUUAUUUAUGUCUGACGAUGCAACCUUUAACCUUGUGAAUAUAAUAAUGUUCUCCAUUGUUAACUGUGCCCAUAGUGUGUAGUGGGUAUGCUCUAGAUAUGUAUUUUUAUGCACCUGAGAUAUCUUGCAGUUGAUCUGGGCCUUCAGAAAGCAACACAUUUCUCAUAUAAUUCAGUAGUGUAUUGACUAUGGAAGCAAGAUGCUCUGGUGGAAAACUUUUGUAGGACUAAAAAUAAUAUUUCUUUUUGGCUACAAAUUGUUCAUAUGUAACAGUAGAAGGUGAGGCAUUAAACUUUUCUUUCAAGAAUUACAGAAGGUUAUUUGACAUCUAGAAUGAACUUUCAGGUUCUCUAGAUAUUGUAAUUAGUUUGGAAUUGUAAACCUGCAUGCAAACCUGGCUGAUGGGACCACCAGGGAGGACGAGUGCCGUGCUCACCUUGACGAGUGGCAUUGUGUUUUACUCUUGCCCUUCAAGUUUUGUUUGUUUAGGGAUUAAUGUCUUGUCAAAGAACACAUGCUGGGAGAGCAAUUUAGGAAAUAUAAAGUUAAUUUCUAGUUUGCACAGCCUUCCUGAGAAGACUUCUACUUGUACAAGUGCAGUGCAGUUGUAAAUUAUGAUUUUAGGAUUAAUUAAUAUCCUAAAUCAGUUAAUGUGCACUAAACAUUUGUACGCCAGAUUUGAUGAAUGGUUAAAUCCUGCAAAAUUUAUUUGACUACUAGUUUUUCUUUUUUGUGGCAUUAGUGCAUAGCCCCUUUAGAGGUCUAGACCAUAAGUUGGUGUUUAAAACUGAGUGUAGAUUUGUGGAAUUUUUGAGCCUCUUUGCUAAUAAAGCUGAAGGGUUA